UCCAACACAAAACCUGUAGAUCUUGUUAUGAUUGCUUGAUUCAAGGCUUAUUCUGACGUUUUGAUUGCAGAUUGGAGGUUCACUGUUAACAAAACUGUAUAUUUUCUCCGUGUGUUGUAUAAAGUGUAGAUGCUACGAUAACAAGAAUGCACAUGGACGACAUCAUCGAGGCCGUCGGGGGCAUGUCCCGCUUCCAGAUCCUCAUGGUUGUCUUCAUAUUCGGUCCAAAGAUGUUGGUGGCUUGGGGGAUGUUGAUGAUGUCGUUUGCGGGGACUACCCCAGAUUGGUGGUGUGUCCCCGCAACAGCGCCAUCUGUUGAUGAGACAUAUGACAUGAACAACGUGACAUUCAAAUUUUGUCCCACCUCGGACAACAUAACCUGUCAGGUUGUGUACAGCCAGGAUAAAAACACUGUCGUCAGCGAGUGGGAUCUCAUAUGUGACCAGAAUAUUCUCAAGAACAUUAUCACGUCAGUGCAAAUGGCUGGAGUGUUUUUCGGGGCAUUGACAGGCGGACAGGCUGCUGAUGUCCUCGGUCGGAAGCGGACUUACUUCGUGUGUCUGGUCCUUCAUGGUGGGUCCAACCUGAUGGCAGCGUUCUCCGUCAACUGGCAGAUGUUUACAGCGUUGCGUUUUCUCAUCGGGAUGAUGAUUGGCUCUCUGACGGUGGUAAACUACCCGUAUUUCAUUGAGUUCGUAGGAAGAAAAUGGCGACCAAUUGCCUCAUCAUUGCCUGUCUUUGGAACAGGUGUAUGUGCAUUUGCCCUGUCCAGCUGGUUAAGGCCUGACUGGUCUCGUCAACACAUCAUAGCGGCUGCCCUUCAUCUGCCCUUCUUUGCGGGUUGGUUCUUUGUCCCAGAGAGUCUGCGCUGGUUGGCUGUAAAGGGGCGGACUGACGAGGCUGAGAAGGUCGUGGAUCAGAUGAGUCGAUACAACAAAAGACAGAAGCCCACCAACACACUGCAGCUGCUGAAACAAGUGGCAGAAGAGGAGAAGAAACUGAGGGCAUCUGGCAGCAGGUACACGUACCUUGACAUCUACAGGGGCUGGAGCAUCUGCUGGAAGUCUCUCGUCAUACAGUUCGUAUGGAUCUGUAUGUCGCUGGUGUACUUUGGGAUAUCUUUCGGUGCAGGGAGACUCGCCGGCAACCUGUACCUGAACAUCUUCCUUCUGGCAGUGGUGGAGAUCCCAGCUUGCAUUGUGACGUUCUUCAUGAACAACAAACUUGGCAGAAGAUGGACGGCUUUCAUUUUCUUUGCUGCAUCCACUGUUGGUUCCUUUGGUGUUUGCAUCGUCGCUAGAACAGUCGCCAAAGAUGACCAAGGGAUCAUCAUCAACGUCUUUGCAAUGGUGACCAAACUGAGUGUUGGGGCAGCUUGGCAUGUUAUGCAGUUGUUGUCAAGUGAGACGUACCCGACAGUCACAAGAAAUUUGGGCUAUGGUGCGGCUAAUACUGCGGCUCGCAUUGGCGGAAUACUUGCUCCAUACAUCUUUGCAACGGGAGGAGAUGGUGAUAUCGUGGUGCCUUUCGUCAUUGUUGGAUUGACCAUGGCCGCCUGUGGAGUGUUAUCCCUGAUCCUGAAGGAGACGGGGGGUAAACCCCUCGCCGACACCAUGGGGGACCAAGUAAACUCCUUUUUGGAAUGUGAGGAUGGUGGUGGCAGCAGCUGACGUGGAAAGGACGUAAUUGUAAACACACUGGCUCAUAUAAACCGGCAAAGAGUUUAUGGACAGACUUAAAGCUUGUGGACAGACUCAAUAGAAACACAUAUAUAAUUUUACUUAUCCAGUGAGAGAGAGAGUAUUUGUUGUUCAAUCUACACUCCAGCAAAAUUCAAGCUACAAGAAGGCAGUCUGUAUUUUUUCUGGACCAGACCAAUCCAGUGAUUGACUUCAUGAGCAUCGAUCCUCACAAUAAGGAUACGAUGACAUGCAUUAACCAAGUCAGCAAGACUGACCACCCGACCCCGUUAGUCGCCUCUUACCACAAGCACAGCCGCCUUUUAAGACAACCAUCGAUUAAUGAAGACCUAUUCUAAUCUUGAUAUUUAUGGGUUUCCAUAUCAAGCAAUGGCGUAGCAAAGGUUAUUGCAUAUGUUCAUCUGAUAUAAUUGGUCUUUGAUUCUUUGAACCUCGAUGACUGAAUAUGACGAAAUAAGAAAUGUAUUCCUAUUUAUUAUUCUCCCAUUACAAGGCUUACAGUGUUUUCUUUUCACAUAAGCUCACUGGCUGCCUGAGAGUGGAAAACUGUGUCGCUAUUUUAAUCAGAGACCUUAAAUCAUUCUAAUGUGUAAUGUGUAAAUUUUCAGAACAUGGUAAGUAAAAAAAACCUCAAAUGUAUAGGUGAUGAAGAAAUGACCAACAAGAGGUCCUCUUAUAACAUUUUACUAUAAACCUCAUUUCUUUACAUUAGCAAUGUCUAAUUUUAAUUUUAAUACUUAUAACAAAAAAAUCAUAUAUGAACAGGUCCCUUAAAUACAAAUAUAUUAUGAGUCUUGUUUUCAUGAAGAUAAAAAGAAGAACAUGUUAAUGUUAAAUUACCUAUUAUCAGUAAGUCAGUAACUUCUAAUCCGAUGAAAUAAGAAAAGAAUAAAGUUUGGAGGUAACUGUUGCAGUAAAACAACAAUGUAAAAUGACAAGGGUAUUAAAAUGCAAAUAUCUGUAGAACUAUUGAAAUGAUAAUUUAUUGUUUACAUAUAUCCUAUGUAUUUAUGUUUCACACACAAUAAACUAUUGUGCUUGUCAAAUUCACAUAGUUUCUAGUCAUUAACAAAUAUGGGGAAAUUAGAUAACUCAUUUAGUAACAUUUUUGGUGUCAUGAUGUUAAAUAUCAUGUUCAAAAGAAAAAAUGUCCACUGAAAGUUGUUUUUAUAAAUAAUAAAAACACAUGUGCUCACCAUGUUCAGGAACAACAAAAAAGAUGACAUGAAAUAAUCAUCAUUUUACAUAUUAAAUUAUUCACCGUAAAAUUAGUUUUAAAGAGGAAAAUUCGUUCAAAAAUAUUACAAUCCUUUGAUGGAUGUGAGAAGAAUUACCUUGCAGUAACCCCGAUCAGUCCUGCUGACAGUUCCUUGUUUUUCGUUAACAAUAGUUCACAAUAUUUAAGACAAUAUUUAAUUCUCUCCUAAUUGGGUUUAUAACAUUUGUUUCUAGCGGACAAAUAAACGAAUAACGUAUUUACAUACACUAAACAUGUGGGCCUAUUUAGUGUUGCGCAUUGAGAAUGAUAGUCACGGCGAGACAAAUGCAAAUAAAGUUAUUGGCCGAGUAAUCCAAAACCAUUAACAAAUAUCAAUUCACAUUACUCAUUCUCAAAACGUUACUCCCAUCAGCUUUUAAUAGUUUACAAAAAAAACAACCCAAAAACAUGAAUGCUAACAUGUGGCUUGCCUGUCACGGAAAACUCGUGUGGGUUGUCUUUUUACCUGUUUAUGGUGCAGUUGUCUCACUGAGCAUAUUCGAAAACGAGGCUGGAGGGACUCCCGAGUGGUUCUAAACACGGGAAAUCUUCAACUACGAGCUCGACUUUUUUAUGGCGUAUUGUUAUGGGAGAAAAAGGAUUAACCACUGUGUUCAGUUGUUACCGAAAAAUCUACACACGAGUGAUUAAUCUGUCACGAUUAGAACGAGGCUUUGCCAACAUUUCACGUGUUUAUAAACCCGUUGGGCAUUCCGGGUAAGAAUAUAGGUCUCCAACAAUCUAUUCUUAUCGAAAGAGGUGACGAAAUGGAUCGGGUAGUCAGGCACGGUGACUUGAUUUGUUUAUUGUCAUUGUAUCCCAUUUGCUAGGAGCGAUGCUCAUGAUGUCAGCCACUGGACCGGACUGUGGGGCCUGGAAAUCGAGGAGCAAAAGAAACUGAUCCCCUCAGUUUAUUUAAACGUGAAUUUGAUUCUUAAUUUAACAUAUCUUAAGUUUGCUAUGUUGUAUCCGAAACUAGAACUGUACUGUUGCUUAGUCAACACUCAAAGAAUACUUUCGCACGGUUUUAUUUUUCCACAUGAUUUAACACCUUUAUAUUUAAAAAAGAACACAGUCGCAUAAUACACAACUGCUAAUGGGUAUCUUUUUUCUUCCACAUUUGCGUUUUUUCGGCACACAUUUACAACAUUUCUCCCUGAUAUUACCGAACUAAAAAUAUAUUUUAAGCCUAUAUCAUACGCACAAAUAUGUCUCAUACACAAAUAUGAAUAGGAUCAAUUCAUGACCUUCUGGUCUUCAUGUCACAACCUCUUUGCAUAACCAGACUGUAUUGACAAAUGUGCCUGUCCAACGUGUAUUUCAUAUGUAUCACAAUAGAUUAACUUCAAAUACUCACAUGGACAAGGGGGCACGGGUGGCCCAGUCGUCUAAGGCGCCGCGAUUCGCUGUGC